GUAAUUCUAUGUCUCCAGAAGAAGUGUUUGCAAGCUUAUUUGGUUUUGGUGGGACUGGAUAUUCCAGGCAAAAGCGAGGCAAGGAUAUUAUCAAACCUUUUAGUGUCACUCUUGAAGAUCUUUAUAAUGGCAAGACGGCCAAGAUUUCGCUGCAGAGGGAUGUCGUAUGCUCAUUAUGUCAUGGGAAGGGUAGCAAAUCUGGUGCAACCAAAAAAUGUCAUAGUUGUGAGGGUCGUGGUGUCAGAGUAGCUAUGCGACAAAUUGGACCUGGCAUGAUUCAGAGGAUAAAUACAGUUUGUGCAAAUUGCGACGGUACAGGUGGAGUAAUUAGAGAGAAAGAUAAAUGUAAAAAAUGUAAGGGUCUCAAGGUUGUGGAAGAAAAAAAGAAAUUAGACAUCUAUAUCGAAAAAGGAAUGCAAAACAAUCAAAAAAUUGUUAUGCAAGGUGAGGCAGAUCAGGAGCCUGGUGUUGAAACAGGAGAUGUAAUUCUUGUUCUCGAGCAAAAACCCCAUGAUAGAUUUGAGCGCCAAGGGGAUGAUUUACUUACAGAAGUUAGCAUCUCUAUUACGGAAGCUCUUUGUGGAUUCUCGAAAGUUCUCGUUACGCAUUUGGACGGACGUGGUUUGAUCAUAAAUCAUCCUGCGGGAGAGGUAAUAAAGCCAGGUGCUAUUAAAUGCAUAGCUAAUGAGGGUAUGCCUCAUUAUAAGAGACCGUUCGAUAAGGGCAAUUUAUAUGUAAAAUUCAAUGUGGAAUUUCCACCUUCUUUAUGGAUCAAUCCAGAACAAUUAAAGAAACUGGAAGAAUUUUUGCCAACUCGCACAGAAGAAGAUCCAUCAACGCGCCCAGAGAUUUCAGAUGAAGUGCACUUAACGGAUGGAGACUUCACUGAG